CUGCUGACUGCUGUGACCAAGAUGGCGCUGCGGCCAGGAUCCGGUGGAGGCAGCAGUUUUAUGUAUCCCGUCGGAGGAGGCCUGGGACCACCACAAGGUAUGGUUCCCAUGCAGCAACAACAGCAGCCGCAACAACAGCAACAGCAGCAGGGCUUCCCAAUGGUUCAGCUCAUGCAACCCAACAUGCAGAACAUGAUGGGUAUGAACUUUGGGGGGCAGAUGCCUCCUGGUGCCAUGCCAAUGCAGGGUGGCAUGGCGAUCGGGAUGCAGACUCCCGGGAUGCAGUUUAUAGGUCAGCCACAGUUUAUGGGAAUGAGACCGGCCGGGCCUCAGUACACAGCGGACAUACAGAAGCAGAUGGCCGAGGAGCACCAAAAACGCCUAGAGCAGCAGCAGAAGAUGCUGGAGGAGGACAGGAAAAGAAGACAGUUUGAAGAGCAGAAGCAGAAGUUGAGGCUUCUCAGUAGUGUCAAACUGAAGACUGGAGAGAAGAGCCGGGAUGAUGCUUUAGAAGCGAUCAAGGGCAACCUGGACGGAUUCAGCCGAGACGCAAAGAUGCACCCUACACCAUCGUCACAGUCCAAGAAGCCAGACUCAUCGUCAUCACACCUGUCUGUCACCACUCACUCCUCCCCCUUAACUUUGUCCGACGACAAUGAUGAAUUUAGUGACUUUCAGGGGUCGGCUAAUGCCCCAAACUCUUUCCCUCCCUCUUCUUCCUCCCCAUUUGGACACUCCCCUCAACCCCCCGUCCUGCCUUCCACCUCCACCUCCUCAAGGACAGGUUUCACUGAGGAUGAUGAUGAAUUUAGUGACUUUGUUCAGGGCCCCAUAAACGCACUUUCUUCCUCGAACUUCCUAGAUGCCUCUCAGGCCCGUGUCCAUCCUUCGCCCCCCUCCUCUUCUUCCUCUUCUGCCCUACAGUCCAUCCCUUCCUCUGUGUCUAUUGCCACUGCUGUCAACACCAGCACCCAAUCUGCAUUUCAAGGCCCCUCCCUGGAAGAGAAGCUGUUCUCCUCAUGCGAUCUCAAGGCUGAUAAGAUGGCUCAGGUUAGCUUUAAGUCCAAGCAGAGUUUGGCUGAAAUGGCUCCCAGAGCUAAAGUGUCAGCCCAGUUUCAGUCCAGCAGUAAGGCCAGGAACUGGAGUGCCACCACUGCAGACUUGAGCUCUGUCUUUGCAGCAGAGAGUCUACCUGAAGCCCCGGUGUCUGCACCCACCAUUUCCCCAUCACCGGCUGACUCUUCCACUCAAAACAGUAGUGACAGUGCUGGGGUUGGCGUGUAUCCACAACAAGAGCACAUCCAGCCAAUGCUGCCACCCUGGGUCUACAAUGAUAACCUUGUCCCAGACAUGUUCAAGAAGGUUCUUGAAUUCACCAUGACUCCUGGAGGGAUAGACACAGCAAAGCUCUACCCCCUGCUGAUGUCAUCAGGUCUUCCAAGGGAGGCCCUGGGACAAAUCUGGGCUUCAGCCAACCGCACAACUCCAGGCAUGCUGACCAAAGAGGAACUCUACACUGUACUUGCUUUAAUUGCUGUGGCGCAGAGUGGACUUCCUGCUAUGAAUGUGGAAAUCCUCAGUCAAUUUCCGACUCCACCUGUUCCUAACCUUCCUGCCCUCGCAAUGACCAUGGCCCCAGUUAUGCCGCAGCACCAGCAGCAAAUGAUGACCCAGUCACCGGUUUCCAUGGCAAUGCCCAUAGCAGCGCAGACCAUGAUGCCAAUGACGCCUGCAGCUCCCGCUCAGCAGCCGACAAACACCAAUUUCAUUGCAACCUUUCCUCCCGCCCAGGGGACCAAAGCAGAAGAUGACGAGUUUCAGGAAUUCCAGGAGGCCCCGAAAACAGGAGGAGGUGACAAGCCUUUCUCUGAGUUUAAGGCUGACACAAGCACAAGUUUCCCUUCCAGCUUAUCUUCCCAACAACAAAGCAGUGCUCCUGCGAUGUUGACUCCAGUAACCGGUUCCUCCUCCGCUUCGGGCUCCUCCUUGGAUAAGUAUGCUGUCUUUAAACAACUAUCCGUGGAUCAGCCUGCCGAGCCAACUGCAUCAUCAACAGAUAUCGGCGACAAAUACAGCGUUUUUAGGCAGCUUGAACAGCCAGCUGACAGGAAACCUCUGGGCGAAGGAUUUGCCGAUUUCAAGUCUGUCAGCACUGAUGAUGGCUUCACAGACUUUAAAACCGCCGACAGCGUCUCUCCUCUAGAGGCCCCAGAACCGGCCAAGAUCUUCCAGCCUACUUUCCCUGCUUCUUUCCCUAACGCUCAUUCACUACAGCAGUUGCCACAACAGCAGCAGCAGCAACAACAAGCAGUACCUGUUUCUCAACCCAAAAAUCUUCUCAACAUGGCAGACCUGGACCUUUUCUCUUCUAUAGCUCCCUCUGUUUCUUCCUCUGUUACCAAGCCCAGUACCGUGCCCCCAGUGUCUGUGCCCCCUUCUUUAGUGCUGCUCCCAGGGGGCGCUAAACCUCCGGGAACAGGAGCAGAUGACUUUGGUGACUUUGCUCUGUUUGGCUCCUCCUCCGAUGCAUCUCAAGCUCCAACAGCAGGAGGAGCUACAGCUCCACAGCAGGACGACUUUGCAGACUUUAUGGCCUUUGGUAGCUCUGGUGGGGAGCCAAAGGCCGACAGCAGUGCUGGAGUCCAAAAUGAGACUUCUGGUCCUCAGCAGCAGAACUCCAGCAAAUAUGAUGUAUUCAAACAGCUUUCUCUGGAGGGAGGUCUGGCCUACGAUGACAAGAAGGAGAGCAGUGGCGGUUCAUUCUCCUCACUUAAAAGUGACACAGAUGACUUUGCAGACUUCCAGUCCUCAAAGUUCUGUACUGCACUUGGCGCCUCUGAAAAGACCCUGGUGGACAAAGUGGCGGCUUUCAAACAGGGCAAGGAAGACUGCGCCUCUGUGAAGUCUCUGGACCUGCCUUCUAUUGGAGGCAGCAGCGUUGGAAAGGAUGACUCAGAGGAUGCACUCUCAGUGCAGCUGGACAUGAAGCUCACAGACAUGGGUGGAGACCUGAAACACGUGAUGUCAGACAGUUCCCUGGAUUUGCCCGGUCUCUCUGCCCACCAGCCGCCUGCUUCAGAAGGAGAUGACAUGAAAUUUGACCCUUUCGGAACGUCAGGCAUCAGCACACUGACCAGUUACGACUGGACAGAGCAGGAGGAAAGUACGGCUGGCGAAGUCAGAAGACGACAAGGAUCUCCAUCUUUGUUCCCAGCACAGAGGAAGAACCUGACCUUCGGCAGCAGCGAGAAGAUCUCCACAGAAGACACUUCAUCUGCAGAGGAGAAGUUUGAAGCCUUCGCUGACUUUAGCACUGGCGAUCAGGCGGGAGAUGACGAUGAUUUUGGGAAUUUCGCAAGCACAGUUUCUGAGAACUCUGAGAAUACCGCUGACGCCGGAUCGGAGGGGAACACGAGCGAAGCAUCUGAUGAGUUUGGUGCCUUUCAAGGAGACAAACCCAAGUUCGGCAAGUCUGACUUCCUCAAAGCUAGUGCUCAAGCCAAGGUGAAAUCCAGCGAGGAGAUGAUCAAGAACGAACUGGCAACCUUUGACUUGUCCGUGCAAGGUUCACAUAAACGCAGUCACAGUUUGGGUGAGAAAGAGAUCGGCCGUUCUCCUCCGUCUUUAGCUCCCGAGCAGCCCUUCAGAGACAGAUCCAGCACCCUGAGUGAGAAGCCCGCGCUGCCCGUCAUUAGAGACAAAUACAAGGACCUGACGGGAGAGGUGGAGGAGAGCGAGCGCUACGCGUACGAGUGGCAGCGGUGUUUAGAAAGCGCCCUGGAGGUCAUCACCAAAGCCAACAACACCUUGAACGGUAUAAGCAGCUCUGCCGUCUGCACUGAGGUCAUCCAGUCAGCUCAGGGCAUGGAGUAUCUUCUGGGUGUGGUGGAAGUGUAUCGUGUCACCAGACGUGUUGAACUUGGCAUCAAGGCGACGGCGGUUUGCUCCGAGAAGCUGCAGCAGCUGCUGAAGGACAUCAGUCGUGUGUGGAACAACCUCAUGGGCUUCAUGUCACUCGCCAAGCUGGCUCCUGAUGAAAGCUCCCUAGAUUUCACCUCCUGUGUUCUGAGGCACGGCAUCAAGAAUGCCAAGGAGUUGGCCUGUGGUGUUUGUCUUCUUAAUGUGGAAGCUCGCAGCAAGAACAAAGAAGAGAGCACGAUCGGACGGCUAUUUAAACGCGCACUGACUAAAGACAAUGACAGGACGCUCAGGCAGCACCACACGGUGACGUGCAUCAGUGUGAGGAAGCGUGCGGCGCCGCAGGCUGCAUUUAGGCGUGUGGAGAUGAUGUCUGACUUCACGGUGCGUUGCAGCGCCUUAUUCGUAUGCAGUCGUUGCGUCUCCCCUCUGCUUCUGUGUGGGCGCCGAUGAUUCACUGCACAUGACUCAUUCCUUUCUCUCGCUCCUGCUCCCGAGUCUCACCGAGCGUGCAAACUCUUAGAAUGCGCAUCACACACAUUAGCAUCUUGUUACCGCUCACAGAGCUGCUGCGUGGUCCGGAGAUCACACGCGUCACAGGAGGAGGGGCACGUGGCUCUGACAUGUUUGGAAUCCUGCAGCUUCCCUGGCUUCUGUUGCCCUUAAACGGAUCAAUAUUCCCUUCAGCGUCCGUGGUAUUGAUGGAAAUGUCAGUGAGUUCUGCGACCUUUAUCACGCCGCUGCUCAACAGUCAACCCUUUGGUCAACCCGGACUUGGUUGGAGUAACUCCAGGUUGGGGGGGGGGCUUUAGUCAGAAAAUGAGUUUUCUUUAAAUGAUAUUCAAACUUGGGCAAAAGUUUAGGCUGUAAAUGGAUGAUUUUUUUUGUCUUGUUUAAUCGCAGAGUUAACUCGAUAUUGCUACUGAGAUCUUCCUUUCAGUUUAGAACUGAUUUUUUAAAAAAAUCCUCUGUUAACUCUGCUGUGCGACUGAACAAAAUAAGAAAACGAAUAUUGACAGCCCUGGAAACGUUGACCUGACAACCCCUGGCAUCCCACCGUCCGUCAUGUCACACAGCUCACGAUCCAUCCUGAAAGAGAAGUGGCCACCGCCCGCUUCACUACCAGGCUUAGAUAGUUUUGUUCUGUCACUCUGAGCACUUGUCAGCCUCCCCUGACAUUUCCAACCAAACAGCAGCACCACAUUUCUGGUCUACUCUGCCUGUAGUGGCGAGGGGACCAGUGUGUCCCGCAUCCUCAGCGGAGGAAAGUGGCUGUGCCUGAACGUUAAACUCCUGUC